CGGAGCGGGCGCGGCCGCGGCGGUUAGUCGUCGGGGAGCUCUGCCCGCAGAGCUGCCGCGGACCGACCGGGCCGACUGACGGACUGGAUGACGGAUCGAACGACGGACCAACCCGCCGCCAUGGCCCACAAGCAGAUCUACUACUCCGACAAGUACUCUGACGAGCAGUACGAGUACAGGCAUGUGGUGCUGCCAAGAGAACUCUUAAAACAAGUGCCCAAAACCCAUCUAAUGUCUGAAGAGGAGUGGAGAAGACUUGGUGUUCAGCAGAGUCUGGGAUGGGUUCAUUAUAUGAUCCACGAGCCAGAGCCACACAUUCUUCUCUUUAGAAGACCUCUUCCAAAGGAUGAGCAGAAAUGAACCACUGUCUAGAAAUCGUCUCCUAAAUCUUCUGGAACUUUAUGUAUAUGAGUGUAUAUAUGUGGGUAGUAUUCAGUGAAUACUUUAAAAUGUACAAACGUACAUCCGUACCUGUGCAUGAGCUGUAUUAUUCACAGCAAUAAAGCUCAGUCGAAUGCAAUUCCAAGUAGGCUGCUAUCUGUUCAAAGAGUAAUAAAAUUAUCUUAACUGUUAA